UAAGUAUGAAGGAAAUACAUAUCAGACACCAUUUGGAGACUGAGUCCAUGCGGGGAGCAACAAGUGACGAGGCCGGGACCCUUGUUGUCAUUCAACUCUCUUUCUCUCUCUUCGGAUAUAAUCUCUCUCGCAUUUUUUCCAAUUUGAUCAUUACCACUUUCACAUCUCUCUCUCUCUCUCUUUAUUGCUCGCCAUCUCUUUAUCUCCUCUCCUUCUUCCUCCUCUCACAUAUCAACUUUGAGCACACAAGUUUUAUGAGAAGUCUAAGAUGAAGUUCAUGAAAAUCGGGACAAAGCCUGACACUUUCUACACUCAAGAUUCUUCAAGGAUUUUGAUAACCGACACACCCAACGAUCUCGUUAUUAGAAUCGACAGCACCACUUACCAUCUCCACAGAUCUUCUCUUGUUCCAAAAUGUGGGCUGUUGCGAAGGCUUUGCACUGACUCAGAGGAGUCUGAUAGUGUUACCAUAGAGCUGAAUGACAUACCUGGAGGAGCCGAUGCGUUUGAGCUGUGUGCUAAGUUCUGCUACGGCAUUACCAUCAACCUCUGUGCUCAUAACCUUGUGAAUGCCCUCUGCGCCUCCAAGUUUCUUCGGAUGUCUGAUUCUGUUGACAAAGGAAAUCUGUUUCCAAAGCUUGAAUCUUUUUUCCACUCCUGCGUUCUCCAAGGCUGGAAAGAUUCCAUCGUCACUUUGCAGUCCACUGCUAAAUUGCCAGAAUGGUGUGAGAAUCUUGGAAUCAUCAGAAAAUGUAUAGAUUCGGUUGUGGAGAAGAUUCUCACUCCCACUUCAGAGGUCUCCUGGUCUCAUACAUACACCAGACCAGGCUACCAAAAGAGAGAGCACCACUCUGUUCCAAGAGACUGGUGGACGGAGGACAUAUCAGACCUUGACUUGGACUUAUUCCGCUGUGUUAUCACAACAGUCAGGUCAACCUUCACGCUGCCGCCUCAGCUCAUCGGUGAAGCUUUGCAUGUAUACACUUGCCGUUGGUUACCAUACUUCAAAUCAAACAGCCCUUCAAGUUUCUCUGUUAAAGAAAACGAAGCAGCACUGGAAAGGCAUAGACGUGUUGUUAACACAGUUGUGAAUAUGAUUCCUUCAGAUAAAGGGUCGGUUUCAGAGGGUUUCUUGUUAAGACUUGUUAGCAUAGCGACUUAUGUGGGAGCUUCUCUUACGACAAAGACAGAGUUGAUUAGAAAAGCUGGUCUGCAACUCGAGGAGGCAGCUCUUGCAGACCUCUUGUUGCCUUCACACUCAUCCUCUCAUCGCCAUCGUUAUGAUACCGACUUGGUUGCUGCAGUUCUCGAGAGUUUUCUAAUGCUCUGGAGAAGACAGUCUUCUUCGCAUCUUUCUAGUGACAACAAUCAGUUGCUGCAUUCAAUCAAGAAGGUGGCAAAGCUUAUCGACUCCUAUCUUCAGGCAGUCGCACAAGAUGUCCAUAUGCCAGUUCCCAAAUUCGUGUCUCUUGCUGAGGCAGUGCCCGACAUUGCACGGGAGAGCCAUGACAGGCUUUACAAAGCAAUCAACAUAUAUCUCAAGGUGCAUCCCGAGAUAAGCAAAGAAGAGAAAAAACGAUUAUGCAGAAGUCUUGACUGCCAGAAAUUGUCUGCAGAGGUACGUGCACACGCUGUGAAGAACGAGAGGAUGCCAUUAAGAACGGUCGUCCAAGCCCUCUUCUUUGACCAAGAGAGCAGUUCCAAGGGCGUGUCAGGUCGAUCAGAGAUCCACGACCUCUUCUCAAGAGGUAAAGAGACGCCCAUGGAUGAACAAAGCAUGAUGCACAAACUUAACCUAGGUCCAGCUGAAACAGCUUCUAUAGGGAAAGCUAAGAGCGUACGUGAGGGAGGAGGCAAAAGAGGAGAAGAGAAAAUCACAUCCAGUACAGAACCCAAGAAACUAGUGCGGCAAGGAACAGGAUCAGAGCAUAGGCGUCAUGUAAGUAGAGACAGGUAGUGGACCAAACGUGUUAAGCCACAGAAGUUCAGUCUCUUGUUUGCAAUCACCAGGUUUCUGGUUCUUUUUUUUUCUUUAUAAAAAGAAUUGAUGAUAAUUGUAGAUGGUUCAAUUGGCAUUAUUUGUAUUAAUACAGUGCAGAGCCCAAGCUCCUUGCUCAACCAUUUUUCUUCAGCUUAUAUGCUCAAGAAAGCGAUU